CAGAGGCGUCCCAUAGGUGCCCAGUACGUGAAAUCUUCAAAUCUGGCAUCCCGCCCGGAGUUUUAGAGUUAGCUGGGGUCCAUCCGACUGAACCCAAAGCGGGCACACCUGCCAGACUUCACUGUGUGCGUUUGGUGAGACUCGGUUCCUGCCUGACUCCUACCAGCAGAGGGCAGAAGGCACCAGGCUUCUCGCUGUGACCUUUCCCUGCAGCUAGAGGGUCAAACAGACACCCACUGCUACUUCCUCUCAACAAAAACAGGCACUCACACAUGCAUCCAGAGGCACACGCUCGCAGGGCUGAGUGCUGGUUCACUAAGACAGAACCAACAACAAGGCUGCAGCUGCCAGAAAGUGGGCUUUGAGAGGAACUCGUCAUUUUGUUCCAGGGAAGAAGUUUAUCCGAUGGGUGGAGGGGCCGCAAAGCUGUACAGCGCCCUGACCCAGCCCCUGACCAGCAGCAGCUCUCUUCUCCCCCUCCCUCAGUCACAUCUGGAUCCUCACCUACCUGAAUUCACAAAGCUGGAUCCAGAUUUCUGCCCGAAGGGGUCCCCUCUAUGUCCCCCCGAUCCAGAGGAGCUGCUCCGACAGUGCGAGGAGGCCCUUAGGGACCGAACACCUCGCUUCGACAGGAAAUUCAUUCACUUCGGUGAUGGAGACGGCGCCCCCAGCAGCCUCAUCAGGGUGAUGCAAUGGAACAUACUGGCUCAAGCUCUGGGCGAAGGACUCGACAAUUUUGUCACGUGUCCAUUAGAGGCCCUCAGCUGGUCCCGCAGGAAGUACCUCAUCUUGGAGGAGGUCCUCACCUACCGGCCUCACAUCGUGUGUAUGCAGGAAGUCGACCACUACUACGACACCUUGCAGCCGGUUCUGGCAGGUUUGGGUUACAGCAGCAACUUCUGCCCCAAACCGUGGUCUCCAUGCCUGGGCGUGGAGGGCAACAACGGUCCCGAUGGCUGCGCGCUGUUUUUCGAUGAGUCGCGGUUUGAGUUCCUGGACAGCGUGAACAUACGGCUGUGUGCCAUGAGGAUUCCAACCAAUCAGGUUGCCGUAGUGACCACGCUGCGUUGCCGGAUCACGGGCAGGUGCGUGUGCGUGGGCGUGACCCAUCUGAAGGCUCGCUCUGGCUGGGAGUGGCUGCGCAGCACUCAGGGCUCAGACCUCCUUUGGCACCUCCAGAAUCUGGUCCAGAAGCAGCCCGGCGACCCCACCGCUGACAUACCUCUGCUGAUAUGUGGAGAUUUCAACGCAGUCCCAACCGAGGAGGUGUAUCGCCGCUUCGCCACGUCGCCUCUCGGCUUGGACUCGGCCUAUAAGAAACUCAGCCGAGACGGUUUGACGGAGCCAGAGUACACGACGUGGAAGAUUCGGCCCACGGGGGAGUGCUGCACCACUCUGGACUACAUCUGGUACAGCAAGGACACACUGAGAGUGGACGCUGUCUUGGAGAUGCCCACUGAGGAACAGAUUGGGCCAAACAGGCUUCCGUCCUUUAGUUAUCCUUCCGACCACCUCUCCCUGGUUUGCGACUUCAGCUUUAAGGAAGAGGAGUGAGAAGGAAACAACGAACCGGUGGAGCAGAGGUUGGCUCUUCCUCCUCGUUGCUUCAGGGUGUGCGGACAGGAGGUCACAUGUGAGGGAAUUAAAGAAGACGGUGCGCCAAAACACGGGCGAGACUUUAAUAAGGCACUGACGUUGCAGAGACUGUACCACUCCAGCAUGAGUUUCCUACAGCAGGUGUACUUCACCUGUCCUCAGACUGCACACGCGUACUUUGGUACUUCUCACUGUUGUGCUUCACGCUGCUGAUGCACUACAGGACAGACGUGGCCUAAGUGUCAUACAAAUACAUUUAUGAGGUGGAGUCGUGAGUUUUUCUCACUUCUGAACAUCCUCGAUUGGUCACCAAUGACCUGGUGGAGGUUAAAAUGUAGUAAAGUUAAACUAUAAAUAUUUGAGAAUUUUUCCGUUUGUAUAAAAAAAAAAAAUUGGGACACAGUUUUGGGAAAGCAUCAGAUAUCAUCUGCUGCCUUCACUUCUGUGCCAAGACUUUUUUUUUUAAUGAAUGCAGAUGAAUUCAAAACUUGAAUAAAGCUGAACGGUUGUUUGACAGUAGCCGAUAGUUUUGUGAUUUGAUAUUGGUUCAUUUUUUUUUUGCUCUCCACACCACAGACAGUAGAAAAGAUGGACGUAGCCACCGUGAACAUCACCCACUGAUUAGAGAAGUGGUGCUGUGGAGCCUUGAGGUGUGGGCGCUAUUUUUCCAUCGCCAUCGAGGUGGUUUGAAACCGGAAGCGACAGGUGAGCUCACUGGCUCACGACUCGUCAGUCACAAGUCCUAAGCCACUGAGCAUUUAACUCUAAUAAAAACCGUAGUUUACACAGCAGCGCUAGCACGCGGCCAUGCUGCAGUAUUGUUUGCGAGUUUGAUCCCUGUUAGGUGCGUGCUAGGCAGCAGUUUUGGUUGCUCGGCUUCUGAUAGUGUAGGAGUUUGUGGAAGAUGACUUCAAACUAGUAACUUGUGCACUGGGGGUCACAGAGGGAGGGAGCCCUGCAGACUUUACAAAACGGGAAGCGUUUGUGCAGCCAGAGUCACCGCCCCCUGUUGGCCAUCUAUAAGAAGACAAGCACCUCCUUUUAAGAGGGUCAACAGGGGCUUCAGUUUUAAGGUCCGGGCGUUAGGUCCGUAUUUUCUGCUGUCUGUGCUCUGCACUAACCUUCUACCUCCAUGCAACCACAGUGAUCUCGAAUGUGAUGGGUCAGUAAUAAUCUAGCACUUUAUUCCACAAGCAGAUUACAAACAGAAAGCAGGAUUCUUAUCUACUUCCUGCAAACAUCUUUUUAUAGACAUUAAACCCAAAAUAACAAGAAUAACCUGCUGACGGUCCUCCUCAUGCCUUCGCCUGCAGUCAUGUGUCAGCUGUUUGCAGAUAAAGAUAAAGCUUUGGCAUGUUAGGAAUGCUUUUGUCUGUGGUGUUUGUACCUCCUGUGUAAACCUCACAGGUAACACUGAAACGGAGCCCUCCCCCCCUCACACUUUAAGACCCCAACUCUGUGACAAUUGCAACUGUAUGAGAAGAAAGGUUUUUUUUUUUUAUAAUGAACUAAAGGUGUGAUUUCUGUUAUUUACUUGGUGAUAUGAGCAUUAAAGACUUGAUUC